CCGGAACACCGCGACAUGAUAACCGGACCCCGACGCGUCCGCAGCUCCGGUGACGGGACAAAGAGGACCGGGACCUGGAGCUCAGACCUGGGGCUUUAAGAACCGAGCGGCGCCGUUCAGCGGACCCAGGCUGCGGUGGACUCCUGGCGGCUGCAGCUCCACCUGCGUCCCGCUGAUCUGAGACAUGUACCAGGUCCAGGGCACAGGUGAAAGGGUCGUUGCCAUGGUGCUGAAGGAGCGUCCUGGUAACGAGGCCUCUGAAGGAAACCCCCGCCUCACCGUGACAACCAAGCUGGUCGGCGAGCAGCAGGAGAGUCGCCCCCUGCUGAGUCCCUCCAUCGAUGACUUCCUGUCAGAGAGCCGUGGUGACGCCGCCUCCUCCCGACCUCUCACCUCCAACACAGCAGGAGUUCUGGCCACAGCUCUGAACCUGGUGGACCUCAGCGAGCCGGGGGAGGUCAGUGGGGGGAGGAGGAGGAGUCGUCCUCUGAGGAGGAAGGGCAGCUCGAUGAGUCCUCGACGGCGAGCGUGUCCUGAGGAGACGGAGCUUAUCCAGGUGGAGGUGGAUCACCUGCCCGUCCGUCCCAGGACACCGGAGCGGGUGUCACUGGACUCAGUCAGUCUUUCGUCUCCUCUGGACAAAUGGGAAGAGGUGAACCUGGACGUGGAGGACGGAGGACACAGGAGGAGACAUGAGAAGAGAUGCACCUCCCUUCACUCCUCCAGUGAACUGCUGUGGUCUGCAGAGUUUAAAACUGAUCCAGGGACGAAGAGCGUCCACAGCCUCAACUCGUCACCACAGGAAUGUGCUGCGUCCAGACAGAGAAGACGAACUCGUUGCGCUCUGAACACAAACGAGUCUCAGGACGACGAGUUUGUAAGAGCGAAGGCUGCUGUGGAGUCGGACACUGAGUUCUGGGAUAAGAUGGAGGCCGAGUGGGAGGAGCUCGCUCGGAGAAACUGGCUGGAGGAGUCUGAGGGUCUUCAGCCGGUCCCGCCCAGCCCCCCUGUGGAGAAGGGUUACUUCUUCAACACUACCAACCCGUACAGAGAGUGGACCAGCGCCUUCGCCGAGGGGCAGGAGAAAGCUCGGGACGGGGACCUGAACGCCGCCGUCCUGCUGCUGGAAGCCGCCAUUCUGCAGGACCCGCUGGACUCUGAGGCGUGGCAGCUUCUGGGAACGACUCAGGCUGAGAACGAGAACGAGCAGGCCGCCAUCGCGUCCCUGCAGAGGUGUCUGGAGCUCCAGCCCAACAACCUCCUGGCUCUCAUGGCGCUAGCCGUCAGCUUCACUAACAGCAGCCUCCAGCAGGAGGCGUGUGACGCCCUGCGCCGCUGGAUCCAGAACAACCCCCGGUACAAACACCUGGGCCUGGAGCACAGGAGCCCCCUGCAGGGCUCACCGGCCACGCCACGCAGGGGCCCCCACACCUUCACCUGGGCCAGGUGUGAGCUGCAGAGUGUGUUGCUCCUCUUCCAGGAAGCGGUUCUGUUGAAUCUGGACUCAGUGGAUCCAGAUCUUCAGACUGGACUCGGUGUUCUCUUUAAUCUCAGCUCCGACUUUAACAAAGCAGUGGAGGCUUUUACUGCAGCGCUGUCCGUCAGACCACAGGACUACCUGCUGUGGAACCGUCUGGGAGCCACGCUGGCGAACGGGGACCGCAGCGAGGAGGCGGUGGAGGCGUACGGCCGCGCUCUGGAGCUGCAGCCGGGAUUCAUCCGCUCCAGAUACAACCUGGGAAUCAGCUGCAUCAACCUGGGAGCUCACAGGGAGGCGGUCAGUAACUUCCUGACAGCUCUGAACCAGCAGAGGCGGAGUCAGCGCUGCAGCCACCAGCAGAUGUCGGCCAACAUCUGGGCGGCACUGCGCAUCGCCAUCUCCAUGAUGGACCAACCAGAGCUGCUCCGGGCUGCCAACGUGGGGGACCUGGACCUUCUGAUGAGGGCCUUCGACCUGGGGGACAUCUGACGGAGGAGCUGGAACCGGUUGGUUCCAAACCAAGGCACAACGGUAACAGCUCCUUCAAAAUAAAAGAGCACAACCUUUUAGCUUCCUGUUUAUAAGAGUGUUUUAAAGGGAUCGUUCACUCAAACUUCCCUCGUCACCCCCCCCCCUACCAUGGCGGGGGGGGGUGUUUGCGUCCACAAAACACAGUCUCAGGGGUAAACGUGUCGGAGCCAAGGCGACCUCUUCAUCAGACGUUCAGACUCAGUUUCUAGUUGAAUGUGAAUGUCGGGGAGUGGACACUUGAUAACAUCACAGGAGCAGAUAUGGACACUCAACCUAACCUCAUAACGAAAUCAUUUCAUUUUAAACUUUACUUUGAAAGUCGACUCAUGUUCACAAUAAAAGCUUUGAGUAACCACUGACAAAUAAAACAUGAAUUUAUUUAAAUCAAAUUUUUCAGUUUAAAUCUGAACCUUACUACUUUGACCUUAACAUCUGAUGAAUGAAGAUAAGCUCAGGGAGUCGGUGAUGAAGAGGAGGAGGAGGAGGAAGUUAUCACUGCUGAGGCUGCAGACUGUCAAAAUAAAGUAGUAAAUAUAACUGUCGGCUCAACACAAGCAUUUUGUUGAUUUACGUGCUUUUCAUUGUCUUUUGUUUUAUUCUGAAGGUCCAGUGUCUGUCCUGCUUCUUCUCAGAUAAAAUAUAUUUAAUCACAUUUAAGCUGAAAUAUGAAAACUGUUUGACAAUACAUUACAACAUAUUUUAUUGUCUGAACAUUUAAAACUGAACCAUAGAAUUUUUUUUUUUAAUUUUAUACCUUAAAUCAGUUAAAACAUAUAUUGAAAAUGUUAAUACACAAUAAAACUGUAUUUGGAAAAUAUGCAAAUCAUAUUUCUAUCAUCUCUUGAAUAAUUCAAAAAACAGCAAAUGAUUUAAUUCCAAACAUUUUAAUCAAAUAUCAUUUA